GGGUUUACGCUGCGUGAGACGUCCUGUGAGCCUGUGCUCCUGUGGGCGCGGCCUGCGAGGAACGGGGCUUGCUCUGGGCGGUGCCCGGAGGGCGGGGUUUACCCUGCGUGGGGCGUCCAGUAGGCGUGUGCUCCUGUGGGCGGGGCCUGCGGCCAGUGGGGUCCGGUGGGCGGGGUUUACUCUGAGCAGUCGUUCUGUGGGCGUGUCAUGUGGUGGGUGUGUCCUGUGGUGGGCGGGGCCCCAUAAAGCCGCGCCGCUGGGCUUUGCUCCAACCUCCGCAGAGCAUGGCCCGGGGGCCGCUGGCCGCCCGCGGACUCCGGCUGCUGCUGCCGCUCCUGCCGCUGCCGCAGGUGGCGCUGGGCUUCGCGGACGACAGCUGCGACCCCUCGGACCAGUGCCCGCCCCAGGCCCGCUGGAGCAGCCUGUGGCACGUGGGGCUCAUCCUGCUGGCGGUCCUCCUGCUUCUGCUGUGCGGGGUCACAGCCGGCUGUGUCCGGUUCUGCUGCCUCCGGAAGCAGGCACAGGCCCAGCCACAUCUGCCACCAGCACGGCAGCCCUGCGACCUGGCGGUCAUCCCUAUGGACAGCGACAGCCCUGUACACAGCACUGUGACCUCCUACAGCUCCGUGCAGUACCCACUGGGCAUGCGGUUGCCCCUGCCCUUUGGGGAACUGGACCCGGACUCCAUGGCUCCUCCUGCCUACAGCCUGUACGCCCCGGAGCCUCCACCCUCCUACGAUGAAGCUGUCAAGAUGGCCAAGCCAAGAGAGGAAGGGCCAUCACUCUCCCAGAAACCCAGUCCUCUCCUUGGGGCCUCAGGCCUAGAGACCACUCCAGUGCCCCAGGAGUCGGGCCCCAAUACUCAACUACCACCUUGUAGCCCUGGUGCCCCUUGAAGGAGGUAGGAGAACAGACCAGAGCUUGGAGAACUAGCGCCUGGAGCCAAGGGCCCCCAGCCCACCCCACCAUCCCACACAUUGCUGUGGCCCCAGCCUCGGUGCCAUGUUACACCGGCCCCAUGGCGUCACCCCCAGGCAGGCUGCUGCUGUCAGCCUCAGCCCCUGGCCCAGCCCCAGCAGGCCCUCAGCCUGGAAGAGGCCCCCUGGGCCUGAGCCUGGGGUGGGAGCUCAGGGCCAGCUGUGACGUCUGCAUCUUCUUGGAGAAAGAAUAAAGUUUGUAUUUAAGUGGU